UUCUCACUUUGCACGUGAACUUGACCCGGAGUCGACCCGCUUGCAAAAACUGACCGCUUGGAAAACCUGUACCGGACAACCGAGAGGAGAAGAAGGAGAAGGAGGAGAAGGAGAAGAAGGAGGAGAAAAGGGAUGAGGAGGAGAAGGAGGAGAAGAAAAGAAGGGGAAAAGAAGAAGGAGAAGCACCAGAAGGAGCAGAAGAAGAAGGAGGAGGACAAGGAGAAAAAGGCCGAAGGAAGAGAAAACACCUGCGGGAAAGAUGCCUCCUGGCGGACCGCCCACCCCUCCCUCCCCUGUGCCGGACCUGCCUGAGCUGGUCCUGCCUCCGGAUGUCCGCGCCUUCGUGCAAGAGGUACUUGCUCUCAUGCUCAUUCGAUUGGUUGAUGACGAGGGCUCCAUUCCUUCUGACGGAGAGGAUGGUGACCCCGACUUCAUUUAUUCAGAUGAAGACGAGGGCUCCAUCUCUUCUGAUGGAGAGGAUGGUGACCCCGACAUCUUCUCUUCAGAUGAAGACGAGAGCUCUGCCUCUUCUGACGGAGAGGAUGGUGACCCCGACUUCAUCCCUUCGGAUGAAGACGAGGGAUCCACCUCUUCUGACGAAGGCGAAGACGUCCCUGUUUCAGGCUCUUCAGACGAAGGCGAAGACUCCCUCUCCAGUUCUUCAGAUGAGGACGAUGCCUUCUCAGUGUUCUGUUCUUCAUCUGAAGGCGAAGGCUCCUCGGCCUUCAGCUCUUCAGAUGAUGACAGAGCCUUUUUUGGCAUCAGUUCCUCAGAUGAAGACGAUGGCCACAUCACUGUCUCUCUGGGUGCUGAUGAGGUCGAUGAAGGCGAUGAUGUUGGGAGUGUGAAAUCAUCGCCUGAGUCCUCAAGCAGCAUCGAGGAUCCCACCUCCUCCUCUACUGGUACUGGCGUUUCCAGUAAGAGGAGCAGGGAGGACAGUGAUGAGGACUGGACCCCCAGUCCAAGGCCAGGGAAACACUGGAAGGAGUAAUCUUCUUCGUCUGACUGGAUGGUGGAAGACAUCCAGUCAGAUGUUGAGGAGUCCUCUGAAGAAGAGUCCUGAACAGAGGAGGACAGCUCAGUCGACAUGGAUGGCUACGAGACCGAUGACAAUCAUGAUGAUGAGGAGUCGUCAGAUGAAACUUCUGCUUCUUGU